GCUGAAGAGGUCGGACUUCGCCAGCGCACAUGCAUGAAAAGCGGAGGUUCGGGUGAGAACUAAGCGGGAUCGUUGAGGGGGCCGUUCUGAUCAGCUGUACCUGUGAAGGCGGCUGCUGCAAAUCUCAAGAUAGGUGUGGUGGUCAUGACGCUGACCAAUGCGAGCGGCAAUUAGAACUGUGGACAAGAGUGGGUUGCUUUGGCGACGUCUUACUCCUGUACGAGAAGCUGAAGUUUUGUGGGUUCAGUGUGGUGGUGGUGGUAUUGGACGCAUGUGGGAAACCUUUCCACGAGUAUCUCAACGUCCUACUGAACCCAGCUGUUUGAAAGCAGUUGAACAGAAAGUGGGCACCACCACUGCGGAGCAGGGCUCCUCGUCUGAACAAAACUCACGAAAAGUGCUUACAUAUGCACUCUCUCGAAAUCCCCAUUGCAAUUUGCAAGAUGUGAAUGUUCGAGGGGUUAGAGACAAGCACCAUGCAAGAGUAGCAGGCAACUUCCAUUGCAAUGCUGUCCCUGUGAGUGCCCCCCUGCCCCCCUCCAUGCAGCGCAGUGUCUGUGAGGCAGUCCUCCUGCUGCUGCUGGCGGGCUGGCUGACGGGGCACCUUCUUGCUCCGGGUGCUGGUUGCGCCCAUGAAGCCGCAAGUCUCAUCCUUCUUGCUGUGGCAGGGACGCUGGCAGAAAAGAAUGCUGCCGGCGCUCCCUUCCUGCGCGCUUAUCGCCAGCGACCGGGAGCAACAGCUGGUAUCAAUCUGGGGGUGCUGGCGCUGCCUGCGCUGUAUGGUGCCAGGAUCCUAGGGGAUGGAGCCAAAGGCUGGGACGGCUUGGCUUUUUGGACCGCCAUCGCAACAGGGGCAGGGGCAGUAGCCUCUGUACUUUUCACCCGGAAGAGGGGAGGACAGGACAUUGGACUUGUGUGCGCAAGCAUCGCAUGCUGCGCUCUCUGGGGCGGUGCGUCCAUUGGUGCAUCAGGGCUGCAAGGGGCCGUGCAAUUGGGGCUGCCCCUUGUUCUGUUGGCGGGCGCUUCUUUAUGUGCGUGGCAAGCCAUCAUGAGGCGCUUCCCCAGGAGCUUUACGGCCGGAGAGGCGCUCCUGGCCGCGCAAGGCUGCACUCUGGUAGCAGGCGCUGUCGCUCUCCGCACUGCUGUUUGGCUGGACCUGCCCUGGCUGCCACUGGGGGUGUUAUGGCGAGGGAGGCAAAAGCUGGACGCAACGGACCAGAGGGCCACCUGGACCCCACUCGUCCCUACCGACGUGGACGCUGUGGCGUGCAUCAUCCAGGGCCUGCUCGUGGCCCUUCUCCUCCUUGCCCUAAUUUACUCCGCGCUCAAGCCAGCCCUUGCGUCACAACCACACAAGCCGGCUCCCUUCCCAAGCGACAUCAAGACAACGUCCCCAAACGGAACCACAGGCUCUCAUGAGUCCCAUGCCAGCCGCCCAAUCAAGCCGGCAGAGCAGCGAGAUACCAAGGAGCCCCCCUCCUCCGGGCAGGUCUUUGCAUUCUAUGCUCUGCUUGCUGUCGCCGUCGCCGGGGCGGCUCCUCUCUGGGUGUGCACGGUCGGGGGCCUGCCCCGGCACCCCGCAGUGUGGAUCUUGCAGCACGUGGCGCGGGCCCCCGGGUGGCGGCUCGGCUUGUGCUGCUACUGGUUGCUUCUACUGCUUGCGGCGCUGGCCGCGGUGCCCCGCCUGGCGGCCCUCCCCGCGCUGCCGGCCAUCCUGGUCAGGAAGGCGUACCACGUGCUGGCAGUCGCUAUGUUCACCCCCGCGCUGCUGCACCAGCCGCUCUUCCUCCGGCUAGCUUUUGGGGGCGCUCUUGUCUGUUUCGUCUUGCUGGAGAUUAUCCGCGUCCACCGCAUCCCUCCCCUCGCCGAACCCCUCCACCAGUUCCUGCAACGCUUCACAGAUGUGCGUGACAGCGGGCCGCUCAUACUCAGUCAUUUCUCGCUGCUGCUGGGCUGCGCGCUGCCCCUGUGGCUGGCGCCCUCCUCGGGCGGCCCCUCCCUGGCGUCCUUUGCGGGCGUGCUCAGCAUCGGCGUCGGGGACACCCUCGCGUCUAUGGUUGGAGUCAAGUACGGCCGGACGCGGCUGUGCGCCGACAGCAAAAAGACGGUGGAAGGCACCGUCGCGAGCUUUCUCGGCAUGCUGGCCGGAUUGCUCGCGCUGCAGUGGGCCUCGACAAGCAUGGAGAUCAAGGCAUAUGAUGUGUUUGCUACCCUGAUGGCCAGCCUGCUAGAAGCCUUUACCGUUCAGUCAGACAAUGCUUUCGUUCCGAUCAUGUACGCAGCACUGCUACUUCCAAGAAAACUACCAAAGUAGAUUCCAUGUUAAUUUGCUAAGUUGAACAAUGACGUAGCUGGCAAAUUCUUUGCCACACAAGCGCUUGCGUUUGGCCAGAUCGAGCUCGCGGUCUGGCACGAGGCGCAUACGAUACUCGAUUCGAAUUCGGGCAUUAAGCAUCUGUACAUCUAAUCAAUGAUUUGGUGUACUGUGACGUGUCUCAAGACUGACGGUCCGAUUGCACUAUCUGCGGAUCGAACACUCAACUAGCGUAAACAGUCG